UCUGUGCAUUAUUCUCCAUCCAGUUCUUUGCUCCCAGCGGCUUAGCCCCGGCAGGUUCAUCAUGUUUGCUUGGGGGCUGAGCUGCCUAUGGCUGCUGGGAGUGGCAGGCACCGCUCUCCUGUGCACCGGCCUGCUGCUUAGUCUGGCCCAGCACCUCUGGACCCUCCGCUGGACGCUGAGCCGGGAUCCGGCCUCUGCCCUACCCCUGCCCAAGGGCUCCAUGGGCUGGCCCUUCUUCGGCGAAACCCUGCAUUGGUUGGUUCAGGGCUCUAGCUUCCACAGUUCCCGCCGGGAGCGCUACGGCACAGUGUUCAAGACACACCUGCUGGGCAGGCCAGUGAUCCGUGUGAGCGGCGCAGAGAACGUGCGCACCAUCCUGCUGGGCGAGCACCGCUUGGUGCGCAGUCAGUGGCCUCAGAGCGCGCACAUCCUGCUAGGCUCGCAUACCCUCCUGGGGUCGGUUGGUGAGCCACACCGCCAGCGGCGAAAGGUCCUCGCACGUGUGUUCAGCCGCGCAGCACUGGAACGCUACGUGCCACGCCUGCAGGGGGCACUGCGGCGUGAGGUGCGCUCCUGGUGCGCUGCUAGAGGACCCGUAGCUGUCUAUGAGGCUGCCAAGGCGCUCACCUUCCGCAUGGCCGCGCGCAUCCUACUGGGUCUGCGGCUGGACGAGGUACGAUGUACCGAACUGGCCCGGACCUUUGAGCAGCUGGUGGAGAACCUCUUCUCAUUACCCUUGGACGUGCCCUUCAGCGGCUUGCGCAAGGGCAUCCGGGCCAGGGACCAGUUGCACCAGCACCUGGAGGAGGCCAUUGCUGAAAAGCUUCAUGAGGACAAGGCAGCAGAGCCAGGUGACCCUCUCGACCUGAUCAUUCACAGCGCUAGGGAGCUGGGCCAGGAACUCUCAGUGCAGGAGCUGAAGGAGUCAGCUGUGGAGCUCCUCUUCGCCUCCUUCUUCACUACGGCCAGUGCCAGCACGUCCCUAGUCCUGCUGCUACUACAGCACCCAGCAGCCAUUGCCAAGAUCCAGCAGGAGCUGGCGACACAGGGGCUGGGGCACGCGUGCAGUUGUGCCCUGGGGGCCGCGGGGACCCUGCCCGAAUGCUGCUGCGAGCCUGACCUCACGCUGGCGGCCCUGGGCCGUUUGCGCUACGUGGACUGUGUAGUGAAGGAGGUGCUGCGCCUCCUGCCGCCGGUGUCCGGGGGCUACCGCACAGUGCUGCGAACUUUCGAACUCGAUGGCUACCAGAUCCCCGAAGGCUGGAGCGUGAUGUAUAGCAUCCGGGACACGCAUGAGACGGCCACGGUAUACAGUAGCCCCCCCGAAGGCUUCGACCCGGAGCGCUUUGGCGCGGCGCGUGAAGAUGAGCCGGGCAACCCCGGACGUUUCCAUUACAUCCCGUUCGGCGGUGGUGCGCGCCGCUGCCUCGGCCAGGAGCUGGCGCAGGCGGUACUGCAGCUGCUAGCUGUGGAGCUGGUGCGCACCGCGCGCUGGGAGCUGGCCACACCCGCCUUCCCCGCCAUGCAAACGGUGCCCAUCGUCCACCCAGUGGACGGGUUGCGCCUCUUUUUCCAUCCUCUUGCACCUUCGGUUACUGGUAACGGGGUACACCUCUGAUCAGCGGCGCUUCCAGAUUUGCCCAGUGACUGCAGCAGCGCCUCAGUAACGCAUCGUGUGCACGUUCACCGGGUCACUUUUUCAGUAAACGUUAAUCUAACGCUGCUGGGUACUGUAGGAGGAGCGAGCUACAGUCACCGCACAAGACACCCGCUCUGGCCAGUGGGAAGGUGAUGGCUGCACUCCAAGCCAGGAGGAAAGAUGUGGGUCAUCAAGUCCCUUAAGUCCAUCCCAAGAUCUCAAAGCAGGGAUGGAGGGAACCGAUUGCCCCUAGGUGUUGCCCCAGUCCACCUUCCCGCGGCAAUCCGGAGGAAGUCCGUGGAUCUCAGACCCGCGGGUUGGGGGGGGGGCGAAGGGGGUAACACCUAGUGCCAGAGACCUGGUGCCAGCAACGGCACCUCCAACCCUUUGGAGGAAGUCCGGGUGCUGAGGGCUGACCCUGACCUGAUGAUGGGCCAUAGGAAGACACGCCCAAGAGAGUGACCAAUAGAAGACCCCCAGGCAGCUGGCCUCUGGCUUCCUGUGCUUUGGCCACUCUCCCAACUUGGCGGAAACUUAGAACUGUGUGCGCUGCCAGGGCUCUAAAUGGCUCAAUAUCACCGGAUCUGUUGGAGAUUUCUUAAAAGAAAAAUUCCUUCUUCAAGAACGCAUUUAAUCUCCCCAUUUAUACAGGAAAGAAUAGGUACACAGCAGAGUCUGUAAGGCUGGUUCAUGGGACGUUGGGACAUAAUCCCUUCAUGAGAGGUUGAGAUAUAAUCAGAAAGGUUUGGGAUAUUUGUACCAAAAACAGGAAGGCCAGAAAAUAAAGUUUCUUGCCAGCGAUUGAGCAAGAAGGCUAGGGCUUAUCUGGGAAGCUGCUACUUGGUGGGAAGGUGCAGGUGGUGGGCAGGGGAGGCCCAGGAAGGACCUACCUGAAGGACCCACCCCAGCGCAUAUCAAGAGAGAGGCCAGAAGCUGGGCAUCCCUGGUCCCAAAGGGACCAGGAAGUCAAAGGUGACUUCCCUUCUGAACAUAGUCCUAGAAACUCAGCUUUGAAUUAUCCACUGCAAGCUUGCUUCUGAAACUUUCCAGUCUACUGCUUCAGUAUCCUAUUGCAGAAAAACUGAGGAGCAGAGAGACUAAUGCCUGAGGAGCCAGCAGUGGAUUUGUGGGCCAGAACUUGCCUCCACUCUAUCAUUUAUCUUGCCUGCUGUACCCUCUGGACCUGUGCCCGUGUAGGAUUCAGCCCUUUGGCCUUUUCUCUUUUUUUUUUGGUACCAGGGAUCGAACUCAGGUCCUUGCACUUGCACAGCAGGUGGCGAAACCACUGAGCUAAAUCCCCAGCUGGCCUUUUCAUUGGUAUCCCAGCCUGACCUAACUACUAUCUUCCUUUUUUUUUUUUUUUGGUACGGGCAUGAAACUCAGGACUUAUGUGCUUGCAAGGCAGGUUCGGUGGUGCCAUUGAGCUAAAUCCCCUGCCUAUCUGUUCCUUUUUAACCCAGGGGUUCCUCACUUUAAAUCAAAGUCAAGGGCUUCUGUGCCACCAACCUGCUUCAACCUGCCACCCAUCUUCCCAGAGGCCUGGGCAGCUGGACAUGACUGUUAAGCCAAGAAAGUUGCCACCCAGGCCUUAGCUGACCCCUUAGUGAACCAGAAGGAAACCACUGCCCUCCUGACCUUAUGCUUAAAGUGGAUCUGGGGGCCUGAAAGAAAAGGGGAUGCAGGAGACAUGGGGUUGGGAGCUCCAGAGCAUGGGCGGAGGGAGCUUCUGAGCCAGGCUGAUAGCACCAUAACCCUCAUACAGGGCAGUUCAUCAUCCUUGGUCAUCGCAGGUCCAGGCCCUAAACUCAGCAGGCACAGGAGGCAGCAAAGGUGGCCUGAGGCAGGCCUUCCCCCAGGGCUGCUUUUGAAAACAUUGAGGACAUCCUGGUCUGAAAAGCAUGGGUCUGGGAGAGGAGACCCAAGGGCCUCACUUGAAAGUUAAUUCUGAAGAGAAAUAUGAAGAGGGGCUUGUCAGAAGCCAGGAUAGCUAAUCUGGUUCCCAGGGACUUGGUUUUCUUGUUUUGGGGUCUGGCCUAACUAUAAGCCUGUAGUUUUGGCUCCAGUUCUACUCUAAUUAUCCAUUGCUACAUCUGGUUUUAGUAGCUCCAUGUUGUCAGGGGAAGGAGCAGGUGUGGUCAUUUGGCCUUCUAGACUUGAUUUACCCUCCUGGAUUUGAUAUGCUCUUGGAAGCAGACAGUAAAUAGAUUAGAAAACAAAAAAGAGCAAGAAUCUGUCCAGUGGUGAUAAAUGCUGUAAAGAAAAUAAAACAGGCCUGUAACACAGAGUGCCCUGGGCUAAAUUCUGCAGUGUGUGUGUAUGUGUGUGUGUGUGUGUGUGUGUGUGUAGAGCUUCUCUGCGGAAGUGACACUGAUUUUGGAAGGAGACAGCCGUCCCUGAGGGAGGGGCAAUCCAAGUAGAGGGAACAGUAGGUCUGAAACCCUCAGACCCAAUAGGUAUUCAGGAAGAAGAGGAAGGGGCCAAAGGGAGAGAAGUGAAGGACAGGUGCUUAGGCUGCCCUACUCUGUCUAGCACCCCGUAUACCUCUAGCUUCUCGUUCCUCCCCUUGAGGCUGGGGAGGGCCCUUCAAAAUAGGAAGGCUGUUUUAUAAAUAUUUUGGAAACAUUUUGUUUUUAAGCAACCACCCCACCACCACAGCACAAGAAAACUUGGCCAGGUUUCUAGAUCGAAGUUCUUACUGAGUUGGUAAUUUACUGACUCUCCCUCUCCAUCUUCAAGAUGUUUUUAAAUGAUCUUUUACUCUCACAUAUAAUCUUUUCCUGCCAAACGCCCCCGCGGGUCUCAAUGGGCAGGUAAAUUAUAUUUUAAAAAAUUGU